AUGCAUGUAUAUUUUAUUUUACUGAUUAUGAUGAGUUUAUUUAUUGAAGUAAAUACAUAUUCUUAUAUGCGUUCAAAGAAAAAAUCAACAGUAAUUGGUCCUACAUGUACUCAAGGUGGACAUAAUCCAUUACCUCUAUCUGGAAUAUGUCCUCAGUCGAAUGAAACAUUUAUUUUUCCAGGUAUGCAUGAUGUUCCCAGUGGUCAAGCUCCUAUUCAUCGUUGGGCACCUUGGUUUACUGUUGAAUGGAUUUUCUAUUAUAUUUCUGAUCCUACUAAUAUUCCACCUUAUUUUCCAGUACCAAAAGGAAAUUAUACUUGUACUCAUGGUCGUACUUAUUAUGAUGAUACAACAAGUCAAGGCCGAUGUAUGAGAGAAGUUUAUGAUCAAAGAUGUAUUCCAAUAUUUUUUUCUGAUGUUUUAUCAAUAAAUAAUAAUUAUUCUUGUGAUUUUCUUAAUGUUGGUGCGACUAAAACAGCUUACUUAAUUUUACAUGACGAUCGACCUAAAGAUGCACCAGAAUGUUGUAUAAUUGGUCAACCAUUUCAUCCACCACCAAGAAACUUUUCAGAUAAUUUAUAUAUCAAGAAAGCUUCAACAAUUGAAGUAAAAUAA